ACGUUGCUAACAGACGUUGACACCGAUUUUAUACCGAAUGUAAUGUGUUUAAGAGACUUUUAAAACACAUACAAAGAGUUAGUUUAUCCUUGGAGGGUGAUUUAUCCGUUAAACCGUGUUUUUGUUGCCUCCCGUUCUUUGUUCGUAGCUUUUUAUACCACGUUGCUGAUCGGUAAACAUAAGUAAAGGCAUUCAACGGAGAUUAGUGUGUUUAACGGCAGUGUUUUAUCAAGGAGAAGAGAGACUGAAGAACCAGGACGAAGAGGAGAGAGAGAGAGAGAGACACAGCCGGAGAAGGAGCUCUGAGAGCAGCAUGGAGGAGAACAAAGAGACCCCUGGAGCUCAGAAACCAAAAAGAAGAGAGAAACGUCACAGCUGUCAGCAAUGUGAUGAAUCCUUUACAACACCUGGAACUUUAAAGAGCCACCUGCGUAUUCAUACAGGAGAAAAAACGUACAGCUGUGAAGAGUGUGGGAAAACUUUCACUAGAUCAGCUGGUCUCAAAUUACAUCAACGUAUUCACACAGGAGAGAAACCGUACAGCUGUGAAGAGUGUGGGCUAACGUUCAAUACAUCAGGUGCUCUCAAAAUACAUCAACGUAUUCACACAGGAGAGAAACCGUACAGCUGUGAAGAAUGUGGGAAAACGUUCACUCAAUCAGGUCCUCUUAAAACACAUCAACGUAUUCACACUGGAGAGAAACCGUACAGCUGUGAGGAGUGUGGGAAAACGUUCACUACAUCAGGUGCUCUCAAAACACAUCAACGUGUUCACACAGGAGAAAAACCGUACAGCUGUGAAGAAUGUGGGAAAACGUUCACUACAUCAGGUGCUCUCAAAACACAUCAACGUGUUCACACAGGAGAAAAACCAUACAGCUGCGAAGAGUGUAGGAAAACGUUCACUCAAUCAGGUCCUCUUAAAAAACAUCAACGUAUUCACACUGGAGAGAAACCGUACAGCUGUGAAGAGUGUGGGCAAAUGUUCACAACAUCAGGUGCUCUCAAAACACAUCAACGUGUUCACACUGGAGAGACACCGUACUGGUGUGAAGAGAUGCUGUUUUCUCCCUAACCCAUCAUGUAUUUUCCUAAAUCUGACUAACAGUUAUGUUCUAACCAGCGUUCCCACUAUGCCAAAACAAGGCCACAGAGAUGCUGUUUCUCCCAAUGUAAUUAAAAUCAUUGUUCUACUAUGCUAUGUUUCAACCAUGGUUUUUUAAUAGUCUUGUUAUUCCUUUUAUAAAAUAUUCUAUGUCCAGGAUUAAACUGCUAGCCUCGUUAAGCUGCAUCCGGUAGUUUCUUGAAUAAUCUGUUUGGUUAAUCAAAUGAUGUGACUUAAAGGUGGGGUAUGUAAUUUUGGAGAAACCAGCUCGAGUGCGCUAGAAUUUGAAAGUACAAAA